UCUUUCUCUAAAUAACAAAUAAAAUAUGUCACGCGAAGUAUUCCAGUCUUUUCUGAACUCAGAGAAAUGUGUCACACUGAUUUUUGAAUUUCGCCCGUCAAAGUACAAUCCGCGGAUAUCCUGACGAAGACAACAUUUUUUCAAAUAACAAUUACAUGAAGCGCUACAAUACUUUCCAUGGUACCAUUUUCUCUCUCUCUUUUCUUUUUAUUGGUCGCGAUUAAAACGCAGUAAAGCUUCCGUCCAUUCGACUCGAAUAUCGUGCAACGUGACGAGCGCAAUAAAUCGCGAUAUUGGAUCUCUUACGCCACUGCGAUACGUAUCGGCAGGAAUCGUGGUAGAGCGUCCGGGGAUUAGCGUAUACCAACAUGUAGAAAAAAAGAAUCGGGCAUAUGUACCCGUUCGUCCGGCUAAAACCGGUCAGUGGACACGCGUCUCUUCUCGCGCUUCUUCGCGUCCUUGUUCCGUUACUUAAGCGAAUCUCGCGCGGUAUCUGCCUUUCGACCGGGUUAUACCGGGUCAACGCGAUACUCUGUUCCAUCUCGUGCUCGUACGCGAACUCGUCAUGGCGGUGCACGACGAAGGAAGUGGAUCCGCUUUCGUGGCGCAGGAGAGACCGCUCUUGCGGCGAGGCGCCAUGCCGUCGUGUAACGGUCUCAAGUCAAACAAUAUCGGCUCCUGGCCGGGAUCGUACGAGGAGUUUAUCUCAACUUGGACAUUAUGGGGCGUUCGUAAGCCGCGUGCAUCCGGCAACGAGAUGAAUUACAAGGGCAGCGGGAAGGUCCACUUCGGGGUGGACGACGUGUCCCUCUAUGGGACGCCGAAGGAAGAGCCGGGCCCGGGCCUCCCGGGCCAGGAGGUCAAGCAGAGCUUUCUGAAGAAUCAGCUUCAGGCCCUGUUCCAGCCGACGGACAACAAGUUGGCCAUGAAGCUCUUCGGCAGCAAGAAGGCGCUUAUGAAGGAACGGAUCAGACAAAAAGCCGCAGGUCACUGGGUCAUCCAUCCUUGCUCCAGUUUUCGAUUCUAUUGGGACCUCUGCAUGCUCCUCCUACUGGUAGCUAAUCUGAUAAUUCUGCCAGUCGCCAUUAGUUUUUUCAAUGACGACCUAAGCACUAGGUGGAUAGCCUUCAACUGCCUUUCCGACACAAUAUUCCUUGUAGACAUCGUCGUCAACUUCAGGACGGGUAUAAUGCAGCAGGAUAAUGCCGAACAGGUGAUACUGGAUCCGAAGUUAAUCGCGAAACACUACCUCAGGACUUGGUUCUUUCUCGACCUCAUCUCCUCUAUACCACUAGACUACAUUUUCCUCAUAUUUAAUCAAUUUCAGGACUUCAGCGAGUCCUUCCAGAUCCUGCAUGCUGGACGUGCUCUCAGGAUUCUCAGGCUUGCAAAACUGUUGUCACUCGUUAGGUUACUACGUUUGUCAAGACUGGUGCGGUAUGUCUCGCAAUGGGAAGAGGUCUAUAUCCCCCUUUAUCAACAGCCGGAGAGGCACUACGAGCGUCGGGCGACACCGCCCCAACCAGACCGAACCAGCAAGGUGUGCCUGCCUAGUUACCCUGAAACCAAGGCCAAUUGCCCUUACUUGAUUCAAGCGACGGAGAGUACAAUUACGCAGACGCCGUCGGUACUUUCCUCUGCCCACAUAUUGCAGAACCUACAAAAAAAACGCACUGAGCGGAGGGGGCGCCUAAGUUCUGACAAUAUGACUAAAAAGAAGUCCGGUUUCAGCAAAAGCGAACUUAUUUUUAAGUUCCUGAAUAUGGCGUCGGUGUUCAUGCGGAUUUUUAACCUGAUCUGUAUGAUGCUCCUAAUCGGCCAUUGGAGUGGCUGCCUGCAAUUCCUGGUCCCCAUGCUUCAAGGAUUUCCCAGUAAUUCAUGGGUGGCCAUUAACGAGUUACAAGACUCGUUUUGGCUGGAACAAUACUCGUGGGCUCUCUUCAAAGCCAUGUCGCACAUGCUGUGUAUCGGGUACGGUAGGUUUCCGCCGCAGUCCUUGACCGACAUGUGGCUCACCAUGCUCAGCAUGAUCAGCGGUGCGACGUGUUACGCUCUUUUCCUCGGACACGCGACGAAUCUCAUUCAAUCUCUCGAUUCCUCGAGAAGACAAUACCGCGAGAAGGUGAAACAAGUAGAGGAAUACAUGGCCUAUCGGAAACUACCGAGAGAAAUGAGACAGAGGAUCACGGAGUACUUCGAACACCGGUACCAAGGGAAGUUCUUCGACGAGGAGCUGAUCCUUGGAGAGCUCUCGGAAAAAUUGAGAGAAGAUGUGAUAAACUACAACUGCAGAUCGCUGGUGGCGUCCGUGCCCUUCUUCGCUAACGCCGAUUCGAAUUUCGUCUCGGACGUCGUGACGAAACUCAGAUACGAAGUCUUCCAGCCAGGUGAUAUCAUCAUUAAGGAGGGUACAAUCGGCUCGAAAAUGUACUUCAUACAAGAAGGCAUAGUCGAUAUCGUGAUGGCAAACGGCGAAGUGGCGACCUCGUUAUCGGACGGGUCUUACUUCGGCGAAAUCUGCCUGCUGACGAACGCGAGGAGGGUGGCGUCGGUCCGAGCGGAGACCUACUGCAAUCUCUUCAGCCUCUCGGUGGACCAUUUCAACGCCGUGCUGGAUCAGUAUCCCCUAAUGCGCAGAACGAUGGAGAGCGUUGCCGCCGAGAGGUAUAAGCUUUGGCUAAACAAAAUCGGGAAGAAUCCUAAUCUGGUGGCUCAUCGCGAGGAGGAUCUUGGCAGCGAAUCAAAAACGAUAAACGCCGUAGUAAAUGCGCUCGCGGAGCAGGCUGCCCAUGCCAGUGCCAGUGAGGAAUCGGUACACAGUAUGGAGCUCAGAACGCUGCCGGGUUGCCUCCUGCCCAGACCAAAGUCUGAGAACAAUUUCGCGAGUCAAGAACUUACGAGAGAAGGGCGGAGGAUGUUUCACAAGAGCGACACUUUCCACAAGGAUUCGUAUCAAUGACGACACUCGUUUUACUAGCAUAUGCAGAGAUACUAACGGCUCCAUGUUGGAAGAACGAUAAAACUGCUCUUAUCAAUGGGACAGCUGGUGGUUUUGUGCCCGGUGCUAGGGCGAUCCUAUAGCAGCGGUCUAUACAUAGAUAUCGGCCAUGCCAGUAGUCCUUUAGCAAUCGAUUUAUAGCGCCUUCUUAUAUUUAUCUGACGGCAUUUUCGUCCAGGACCGCAAAACCGCCAAACUCAAAGUCCUAUGCUCCAACUGUGAUACAGAUACAUCCGCGAACAAACAAAAUAUUGCGAUAAAUACUACGCUGAAAUACUAUUAAUGAUAAUUAAUAUAAAAUCUCUACGAAACAUAUGUCGCAGAAUAAUUCCGUGAUGGGGAGGGAAAAGUUUGAAGAAUAAAGGAAAACAAACUUUUACAUUUUAGACCCCUUUAUCUUUCAAACUUGGUUCGACUUCUUUUAUUUAGAAAACGAUGACGAAGCACUCUAUACAAUCGCGAAGUUUUAAUCUUUUAAGAGCGCAAGGUGUGGAACAAAGAGGAAACGUCUGUAUCUCGGUUGGAGAACAUGGAGCCAACAUUUCACGCCGUGUCUCUUCAUUGAGAAUAAUCGCCGCGUCGCAUCGGAUGCAAUAUUAAAGAUGGAUGGACGCAGCGACGAAUGAAGAUCUCAAAGACGACGAAGAGCAGGCCUAGAAGUUUAUAGAGAAUAUGUAGCCCAUAUCGUGGGGAAAAACACUAGGUAUAAUCCUAAGUAACAGUGUAACGAUGCGUAAUUCUCUGUGAUUUUGCAAGUUGACGUUUCGCACCUUAGGGAAAGAAGAAAAAAAAACAGUAUAAUCUACGUGAAAAAUUAGAAGGCUCUUUUUUUUAAGGCAACAACUAACAUAGAGAAAUCGUACGUCGUAAGACCAGAGUAUUCCGAUUAAGUUUGACGCGAUUUAUCUUUAGCUUUGUACUGCAUUAGAGCGGCGUAAUUAAGUGAAACGAAUAAUGUGUAAUACUCCGUGCGGGGGAAAGAAAUAGAAGAACGAAGAGGAGAAGGUUCACGUAGGAUGAGCUAAAAAUGUCUUACCGGUGAGGGCUCUUUUUCUGAUUUCAGACGCGAAAUAAGUUUGCGUUCCGUAACCUCGCUUGUCUGCUAGAUCCUCCCUUAUUUUGCUACGUUUCCGUUCACUUCGACAGUUACUGUAAGGACAGUAAAGCCGAGUGGAGAUUACAUGUUGCGACUCAAUGUCGGAUACAUUCGAUAGACCGUCCUGGUGCAGAAAUAUGAUCGGUAAGAGGGCAAUUACGGUCGCGCGUUUGAGAAUCCGCGGACGAAUCCAGAAAAAGAGAGAGGGUCUGAGACGCGAUUGUGCGGAUUAACCGGUUCUACAAAUGCUACCGAGGGCCCGAAGGCUGUGUUUAAUUGUUGAGAGUCCUUCGGGCCGCUGUGGUUACAUGUCAAUGAAUGAAUAUUAAGCGUAACGCGAGUAAAAGUAUCUUUUUAUGAGGGGAAACCAAGAUAAAACGCGAUGUACUAUAAAAGAAGCUAGAAAUACUAUGUAAUAAAUUAUUAUUAUUGUUACGAUUAUUACUUACAAUGAUUACUACACCACUACCGCAUAAUUAGGCGACUAAAUAAAUUACCGAAAAAAAAAAGAUACAGAUAUACAUAUGUAUGAAGUAUUAUGCAUAGUGGUUAAAUAUCGUGUUGCAAGAUAACCCUGUAAUGUUCAGCUCUACGUGCGAAAUGGUUUGACACCGACUAAACCGAUACUUACAAGCAGUUUAUACAUCAUAAUCCCCCCGGAGCUUGAUCUAUUGUGUAUUCCGUUUAAACAACGUUUUAUAAAUACCAAUAUCUUCGAGGCCAACUGAACCAUACCGAUCGAUCUCGCUUUGCGUAUUUUAUAGACGCUAAUCGGAAUCAAACAGAAUACUUCAUUUCAAAUACCUCCUAGCAGAAAGGUGAUUCGGCGUAAAGAAGUUUUCGAAUGAUACUUGUAGUGUACUAUUUAGUUGACGACUGUAGAUCCUAACGUGCUCCUUUAAUUCUUAAUCCCGAAGAGCGCAAGCUGUAGCAUCACUUCGCGGCACAAGUGUGUCCCAAAAUUUCUAUAAACUUAUGACAGAGCAAGUAUUUGUCAAAUUCACUCCUCUAUUUACUUUGAAUUUUAUGAAGUUCAAUCAAUUUUUUUUUUAAAUAGAGUAUAUUAGCCCGCGCUGUGCUCUUUAGGAUUAAAGAAAUGUCCUUUCGACAUUAGUAACCAGCACGCGAUCGAACGCAGCCGUUCGCUUCUGUUUUCUCUCAGACUUGAGAUUCGCGGUGCUCCCUUCCGCGUGAAGAAGUAAAUCGGUCAUCCUCUAUUAAAAAUAACGCCCGAAUGUUAUUUUUACUUGUAUGAUGACGAGACUCCAUUUAGCGGGCGCACGAGUGAAAGGAGUGAGCCGAUCGUUUUUUCUAGUUGACGCGUAUACACGUUAUCGCGAAUAUAUGUACAUAUAAUCUUCACAUAAGAGUCUAGGCGCGCGCGUUUCAUACAUAUACAUAUGUAAACAUGAACACUUACACAUGCAUGCGAGAGGGAGAGAGAGAGAGAAAGAGAGAACGAGAGAGAGAAAAUGAAAAAGAAAAAAAUACCUAUUUUUCAUGUAAGAGAGACAUAGUUUUCUGUCAUUAUUUACACAUCUUCAAAAGCAUACGUCUCAUCCUUAUAUACAUAUAUAUAUGUAUAUGUAUGUAUAUAUACUAUAUAAUAGCUGCGAGAGUGCAAGGAGAGAGAGAGUGCGUACGAGAGGUCAAAACAUUCCAAUGGUAGAGUAGUCGUAGACCGCAUAAUCGACGUUUUUAUAGUUUAAUCUGUACGAACGGUCUAGGAUUAAUCUGCCGGUUCGGGCCUAACAGGUACGCAUUAAUAUAAAUACUAUAAAUAAAUAUAAAUAUAAAAAUAUAUACAUAUAUAUGUGUAUGUAUAUAUAUGUAUAUAUGUAUAUAUAAAACAUUGUUACUGUGCUCCGAGACGAGUGCGAGGGAAAGAAUGAAGUGAUCAUACAAAAAAAAACAAAGGAAGAAGCUGUUCUCUUACUACCACUGCUAAACUGAUAGACACUAUUUAGCCACUGUCUACUUAUGUCGAUAAAACGAUGAAAAAAAAAAAGAUAAAGAAACUGCGGCAAGGAA